UCAAUGGCAAGGAUGCUGUGCCUCAGCUACCUGUCCACACUCCUCCUCCUGCUUCUCCUCCACCCUCCUCCUUUGUCAGGCCAGGAGGCGCGCAUACGUCUCGCAGGCGUAGGCAGGCGCAAUGCAAAUGAGGGACGUGUGGAGGUGUUCUAUAAUGGAGCAUGGGGCACCGUGUGUGACGACGAGGUGGAUCUUAACCUGGCCAAUGUGGUGUGCCGAGAAUUGGGCUUUCAACGCAGCUUCACCUGGGCGCACAGUGCCAAGUUUGGUGAGGGACGAGGUCUGAUCUGGUUGGACAAUGUGCGCUGCAAGGGCACAGAGUUCUCUAUUGCAGAAUGUCGCUCCAAUGGGUGGGGAGUCAAUGACUGCACCCACGCUGAGGACCUUGGGGUCAUUUGCAGUCCAGAGAGGAGGCCUGGCUUCCCCCCUGUCUCCUUGCAGGAGGCCCCUUCAUCCUCCAGGCAGCAGCCAAGCCAAGGAAGACAGAGAAACCCACCUGUGUCCCCUCCAGGUCCACCUGCAGGCCCAGCCCACAUCUCUUCCUCUUCAAGAGGCCAUGAGAUCGCCCUCCAUCGCAACCCAACUACUUCCCGUCGCAGCAGCAUCUCACCACAAGAAAAUGGCCAUGAGAUCCAAAUCUUGCGACGGAGUCGAGGCGGUUCCAGAGCAAGCCAGCAGGUGAACCCGCUACUUCCACAAGGGCACGAGCUCCCUUCACACCUGGCAAACGGUGCAACCUACAGGCAGAGGCAGGACAGGACCAGUUCACAAGCGGUGAGACGGGAUGCUCAGCCUCAUUCCCAGCGCCAGUCUGAGCGGAGGAGCGACAGAAAUCAACAGCUCAGUGGUAACCAUGUUGAACCAGACCCAGUUUAUCCAGACAUGGGAGUGGAGACUGAUGCGCAUUACACACAGGGAUCUGAGAGGGUUCACCUAGAGGAGGUUCGUCUACGGCCUGUGCUGUCCAGCAACCAUGGCGGUCUGGUGACGGAGGGAGUGCUGGAAGUGAAGCAUGCUGGGAGGUGGCGUCAUGUGUGUAACAAGGGAUGGGACCUGAGCAGCAGCCGUGUUGUCUGUGGCAUGUUAGGAUUCCCUGCUGCCGAGGCGUUCGACCAAAACAGCUACAGGAAACUGUGGGACUCCAAGUUAGCUGACCCAUCCUCCAGACUGAGGACACAGAUCAGUAAAAAGGCCUACUGGGUGGAGAAAGUGCAGUGUCAGGGCUUGGAGCCCUCUCUGUCACAGUGCCAGGCCCAGCUGUCCCUCCCCAGGAGUGAUGCCCCAUGCAAGGGGGGCAUGCAUGCUGUAGUCCGCUGCGUCCCCGGAUCCCAGUUUGCACGCUAUGGAAGAGUACCUGCACCACCUGCCAUCCCGCCUAUCGUGCGCCUGAAGGCGGGGCCCCGUCUUGGGGAGGGUCGUGUCGAGGUGCUGCAAGAGGGCAAGUGGGGCACUGUGUGCGACCACCUGUGGGACAUGACUGCAGCCAGCGUGGUCUGUAGGGAGCUGGGCUUCGGGACAGCCAAAGAGGCCCUCACUAAGGCUCAACUGGGACAGGGUACUGGUCCCAUCCACAUGAACAGUGUCCAGUGCACAGGCAGGGAGAAGUCGAUUACAGAGUGCCACUACAGAGUGGUGCCGCUUUACAGCUGCAAACACAACCAGGAUGUAGCAAUCCGCUGCAAUGUGCCCAACACUGGCUUGCAGACCACGGUGCGUCUGGCAGGAGGCAGAGAGCCAGCAGAGGGCCGUGUGGAGGUGCUGAUGGAGGUCGGAGGAGUGAAGCGUUGGGGAUCCGUCUGCAGUGAGAACUGGGGCAUCAACGAGGCCAUGGUGGUCUGUCGACAGCUGGGCUUGGGCUUCGCCUCAAGAGCUCAUCAGGAAACCUGGUACUGGCCUGGUUCUGCAGAUGCUGGGGAGGUGGUUCUGAGCGGGACUCACUGCAUCGGCACUGAGAUGUCCAUUCAGCAGUGUCGCAGAAACACAAAUGUCUACUGUCCCAGAGGAGGAGACGGCAGGGCCGCAGGAGUCACAUGUGUAGAGACUGCUCCCGACCUUGUCCUGGACGCUCAGCUCGUCCAAGAGACGGCCUACCUGGAGGAUCGACCCCUCCACCUGCUGACCUGCGCUAAUGAGGAGAACUGCCUGUCCUCCUCCGCUGCCAGGAUGAACUGGCCCUACGGACACCGCCGCCUGCUGCGCUUCUCCUCCCGCAUCAUGAACCUGGGUCGUGCCGACUUCCGACCCCGGGCCACCAGAGAAAGCUGGACAUGGCACCAGUGCCACAGGCACUACCACAGCAUUGAGGUGUUCACCCACUACGACCUGCUCACCCUCAACGGGACCAAGGUGGCCGAAGGCCACAAAGCCAGCUUCUGUCUGGAGGACACCUACUGCCCCGAAGGUAUCCAUAAGCGGUAUGCCUGCUAUAACAUGGGACAGCAGGGUAUCUCAGUUGGCUGCUGGGACACCUACCGCCAUGACAUUGACUGUCAGUGGGUCGACAUCACAGACGUACGACCUGGUGAAUACAUCUUCCAGGUUGAGGUCAACCCUUCUUUAGACAUGGCUGAGUCUGAUUUCCAGAACAACGUGAUGCGCUGUCGGUGCAAGUACGAUGGAGCACGAGUUUACAUGUCCGGAUGCCAUGCAGGUGAUGCUUACAGCACAGAAGUGGAGGACUUGUUUGACCACCAACGUCAGAUUUCCAACAACUUCCUGUGAAUUAAAGAACAUGCAGAUAUAAGGACAGAACAACUGUACAACUCUUCACCACACCUCAACAUGUCCAGGGAAGGAGGGUUAAUGACAACAACAUGCCAGUAAAUUGA